GAUGCUCAACGUAAGCACUGGGUGGGGGUGUGUAGUUCACAUCUGGCAUCUCUCUUGACGUUUCUCUCAACACCAAGUAACUUGAGUAAAACCCAGCCUUGAUAAUAAUUAAUCAAGUUGAUAAUUAUAUUGAUGUGAAUUUACAUACGGCAAUUUAUUAGCUCGAAGAGGAGUUGAUCAACGUCAUCCCAACAGCUCUGUGAAAGUUGACGGAUUAAUACGUCUUAUUUGAUCGACUGGAGCCAUCAACAUGCCACUGCUGUACAGUGUCGUUGCACGUGGGCCCACAGUGCUGGCCAAGUAUGCCUCAUGCUCUGGAAACUUCGAGGAAGUGACUGAACAAAUUCUUUCAAAAAUACCACCCCAGAAUGACAAACUCACCUACUCUCAAGGACCCUAUCUCUUUCACUACAUCUGCGAGGACAGGAUUAUCUACAUGUGUAUAUCAGACGAUGAUUUCCAACGAUCGAGAGCAUUCUUAUUUCUGAACGAGAUCAAGAGGAGAUUCCAAGCUAGCUAUGGGCCUGGUGCACAGGCUGCCCUGGCCUAUGCCAUGAACACGGAAUUCUCCAGAGUAUUGGCCAAUGAAAUGAGACACUACAGCGAAUCAAAGGACAUCGACACUCUAUCAAAAGUACAUGGUGAACUGGACGAAUUAAAAGAUAUCAUGGUGAGGAAUAUCGAUAACAUUGCAAUGAGAGGAGAGCGAUUGGAGUUGCUUGUUAAUAAGACUGAAAAUUUGACUGCCAGUUCUGUCACAUUCAGAAAGACCAGCAGAAACUUGGCAAGAUCUCUUUUCUGGAAAAAUAUAAAAAUCUAUGCAAUUGUUGGUGCUGUUCUGAUAGUGGGUGUCUACUUCAUCGUAUCCAUGUUCUGCGGGGGGCUCGCCUGGCAAAAGUGCGUUGGGAACUGAUAAGAACGCAACAAGUCCCAUAAAAAUAGGGAAAAUUGGGGGAAACAGCACAUGUGAUACAGCUAUUGAAUAUAUUCACCGCUCCAGACGUUUAUUAACUCGUAAGGACUGUAUAUAUUGUAUACGUAUUGAUUAUCGCAUCAUUUAUCCGACAUUAUUAUCGAUCCGUUAGAUAUGACAAUUUGAUAACACGUCCAGAUGAUAAUAAUUAUAUGUAAUUCUUGUAUUUUGGAAAUUCAACUGUAUCUGACACUUAUUAUUUGGAGAGGAAUAAUUAUUGAAAUAUAAUGGUUAGAGGUGAAAAGUUAUGUAUUUUCAAUUAUUUCGAAAUAAAAGAGAUUAUCAG